AUGUCUACAGCCGUUGAAGAGGACCGUAGUGAAAUUGAAUUAAAAGAUUUAGUCUAUCAGUCGUUAGAGAAUGAAGGUCUUAUAUCGAAAAUAAAAGCUCAACUACGUUCAGCUGUAUUUAAAACAAUUGAAAAAUCAGCCACUCAACAAGGACAACAUCACCAAACAUCCACUCAGUUGUUGAAUUCUUUUAAUACGCAAACUGGUCGAUUAUGUUACGAAUUAUUAAUGGAAUGGUUUGAACAUUUUGAUCUAUAUUACACAUCAGAUAUAUUCGCCGUCGAGACCCAUCAUCCUACUCAGCAUGUAUCACGACAAGAACUAGCGAAAAAGUUGAAAUUAGCAGCGAAUGAUGCUCGACCAUUAUUGCAGGCUUUGUUGCAACAUUAUAUCGAUUCAUCGCCGACUCCGACAACAACAACAACAAUGUCAGCAACAUUACCUGAGAGUAUUCAACAAUCAAUAAAUAGAACAUUUCCAACAGAAAAAUUAAAUGAUAUGAAGAAAGUGAGAGAACAUUUUUAUUCGUUAUAUUCAACAUUCGAUAAAGAAAUAUUAGAAUGUUACAUGGACAAACAUUUAACAUCGGCGUCAGUAUCAAAAUACGAUUAUGAACAGAUAUGUCUCAAAUGGUUCCAGUUAUGCUCAAAAACAUUACAAACAACAACAAUAGCAACAACAACAGAUUCAAAGAAUAAUCCACGUUCAAAUCCUUCACCAGCUUCAUCCACUCCAAUCAUGACAACAACAAAAGCUCGUCGAGCAGCUUCUCCAACAUCUGACUCAUCAUCGUCAGUAUCUGAAAAUGUAUCUAAAGUUUCAUUUAAAUUACCGACUACAAUUAAUACUAAAAAUGAUUCAAUACUACAUAUUAACAAUAAAAAUACUAGUAAUAGCAACAAAAAUAAUUUAUUAAUCGAUUUUGAUGAGAAAAAUAAAUCAACAAGUGAAGAUGAGGAAGAAACAUCCGGAUCAUUGUUAUCAAAACGAAAUGCAACUCCAGCAGCAUUAAAUCGAUUAAAAGGUAUGUUGGAUGAUAAUAACAAUGACGAUGAUAAUUCAACAACAACCGGUGGUGGUACACCAAGAGUGAGAACCAAAGGGGAAGACCAAAAUAUUGAUGAAGUUAUUGAAUAUGAAGAUGAAAGCGAUGGUGGAAGAAGUAGUGAUUUAGGUGGUGGAAUUGAAGAUAUAACAGUCGGAAAAACCACACCGACACACUCAUCAACAAAUAUUGAUUAUUUAGAAGACUUAAGUGAAAAAUAA